GUGUGCCGCACAAAUCCCCAGCUAUGCCCCGGACUGUAUGCUAAGUGAGCCGGCUUGUCUAUGAGCAGACUGGGAUAGAACGAGUGACAUCCCUGCAGACUGCAACAAAAACUCCUCCUGACUUCUGCACAAAAACUUUUCUCGACCUUUUCCCGACUUUUUUGCACAACUGUUCCCGACACCACAUCUGCCAGCCAGGAUGAGCUGUGUGCGCUGCCUGCUGCCCUGCCUGGUAGCCCUUCUCUGUGCCCGGAUUGCCCUGUCUGCUGUGGCCAUGGAAGAGGAGCUGGUGGCCCCUGUCAGGCUGGAAGGGGCCCCUGAGGAUGGGAAGGUGCUCUACCGCCUGGAUGUCUUUGGACAAGCCUUGACCUUGGAGCUGGAGGCAGAUCCCAGCUUUCUUGCUAAGGACUUUAGCUUGCAGUUCGUCGGGCGACCCAACAACCCCACCGGGGAAGAGACCGAGGAGGUGACCGGCAACCUGGCCGAUUGCUUCUACUCCGGGACCGUCAAUGGGGAACCGGCGAGCAGCGCUGCGCUGAGUCUGUGCUCCGGGAUCCGAGGAGCCUUCUAUUACCGGGGGGAAGAGUACUUCAUCCAACCCAGCAACCACACCAUCACCCCGGCUUCACCCAAGUCUGACACCCCCCUACUCCUUCACCUGGUCAGCAAGAGGAGCCGUGCCAAGGCUAAGUGUGGGGUGACUGAUGGUACCCCCCAACAGCUGGACUCUGAGGAACCCCCCAAGAUCCGCACCCCUCCAGGAUUGGGAAACACACGGAAAAAGAGAUUUGUCUCCAGCCCACGCUAUGUUGAAACCAUGCUGGUAGCCGACCAAUCUAUGGCUGAAUUUCAUGGGAGCAAUUUAAAGCACUACCUCCUCACGUUGAUGUCAGUGGCUGCAAAGCUUUACAAGCAUCCCAGCAUCCGAAACUCCAUCAGCAUAGUGGUAGUGAAGAUCCUGGUCAUCUACGACGAACAGAAAGGACCUGAGGUCACAACCAAUGCCGCCAUGACUUUGAGGAACUUCUGCAGCUGGCAGAAGCAACAUAACCCACCCAGCGAUCGGCAUGCUGAACAUUACGAUACAGCCAUUCUGUUUACGAGACAAGACCUUUGCGGAGCUCAAACAUGUGAUACCCUCGGCAUGGCUGACGUUGGAACAGUUUGCGAUCCCAGCCGCAGUUGCUCCAUCAUUGAAGAUGACGGCUUGCAAGCAGCUUUUACAACGGCCCAUGAACUAGGUCAUGUAUUUAAUAUGCCACAUGAUGAUGCAAAGCACUGCUCCAGCUACAAUGCCGAUAAUAAAGGUUCACAUAUGAUGGCUUCAAUGCUCUCCAAUCUGGAUAGACAGGAACCAUGGUCUCUAUGUAGUGCAUACAUGAUCACAUCUUUUUUGGACAACGGUCAUGGAGAGUGCUUAUUGGACAAGCCAAGCCGACCCAUCCAGCUCCCAUCAGAUCUCCCUGGAACAUUGUAUGAUGCCAAUAAGCAGUGCCAAUUUACAUUUGGAGAAGACUCCAGACAUUGUCCAGAUGCCGCCAGCACGUGUACGACCUUGUGGUGCACCGGAGUCUCCGGAGGGCUGCUCGUGUGCCAAACUAAACACUUCCCCUGGGCUGAUGGGACCAGUUGUGGAGAAGGGAAAUGGUGUCUUAAUGGGAAGUGCAUUCAGCAGAUGGACAAGAAGCAUUAUGAGACUCCAGUACAUGGAGGUUGGGGAGCAUGGGGCUCAUGGGGAGAUUGCUCCAGAACUUGUGGUGGCGGAGUCCAGUAUUCGGUGCGAGAAUGUAACAAUCCAGUGCCAAAAGAUGGAGGCAAAUACUGCGAGGGGAAAAGAGUUCAGUACCGCUCAUGCAAUACUGAUGAAUGCCCUGAAAAUAAUGGCAAGACAUUCCGCGAAGAACAAUGUGAAGCCCAUAAUGACAUCUCCAAGUCUGCCAUUGGAAAUGGACCUGCUGUUGAAUGGACGCCUAAGUUUGCCGGUGUUCGUCCAAAAGACCGCUGCAAGCUAAUGUGUCGAGCAAAGGGCACUGGAUUCUUCUUCGUACUGAACCCCAGGGUUGCUGAUGGUACUCCAUGUAGCCCCGACUCCACCUCUAUCUGCAUCCAGGGUCAGUGCAUCAAGGCUGGUUGUGACAGAAUUAUUGGGUCCAGCAAGAAGUUUGACAAGUGUGGCAUGUGCGGAGGAAAUGGAUCCACCUGCAAGAAAGUCUCUGCAACCUUCACCAAAGCACGACAGGGGUACCACGACGUUGUUACAAUUCCUGCGGGAGCAACAAACAUUGAGAUCAAACAACGUAACAACAGGGGAUCUAUGCAUGACGGCAGCUUUUUGGCAAUUAAGGCUGCCGAUGGAACUUACAUCCUUAAUGGAGAUUAUACACUGUCCACACUGGAGCUAGACAUCUCUUACAAUGGCAACUUCUUGACCUACAGCGGUUCCACGGCAUCCUUAGAAAGAAUCCGAAGCUACAAGCCUUUGAAAGAACCGAUUACUAUACAGGUCCUCACGGUGGGAGAAUCUCAACGCCUGAAAAUCAAGUACAUUUAUUUUGUCAAGAAAGCAGCUCAACCAGAAAAGACCUUGCAUAAAAAGAAAGAGUCCUUUAACGCCAUUAAAGAAACCAUUCUCUCUGAAUGGGUCAUUAAGGAGUGGGGUGAAUGCUCAAAGACUUGUGGAUUAGGCUGGCAGAGAAGAUCAGUCGAGUGCAAAGACUUGAGGGGUCAGCCUUCAAAAGACUGCACUAACGAACUAAAGCCGGAUGAUGUUAGGCCAUGUGCGGACAUCCCUUGCCCCCAGUGGCAAUUGGGAGAGUGGUCUUCAUGUUCUAAGACCUGCGGAAAGGGCUUUAGAAAGAGACUUUUAAAAUGUGUCUCUUAUGAAGGUAGCAACUUGCCUCAGGACAACUGCGAUGCUUCAAAGAAGCCUAAACAUUUAAUAGACUUUUGUACUCUUUCCAACUGCAGUUAAACAGCACUCAGAACAUUACUAGGGUCUAUCAAACAAAACUGAACAUGCUGAAAGCAGAAGGGUCAGGUAGAACGUGUUUGGUCAAUGUGCAUAGGGUGAGAGGAUGGAAAGUUUAUUGAGAAGGAACAGUGCACAUAAAUGCCUGUUGGAUUGGACCAUCAGGUUGAGCAGCACAUGUAGGUUUGUAUGAAGGGCAAAUUAGUGUCACUAAACCCUUCAUCACUAGGACCCCGAGGCAUUGUCUGUUUUUCAAACCUUAGCGUCUGUUACAAGUUAGAUGAAGCUAACUGGCAGCCAUGUUGGCUUUUGACACAGGUCUGGACAAGCUCCUGGAGCCAAAUAACCUAUGAGCCUAAAAUAACUUCUUUAUUUUUGGAGUGGUCUGUUUUGUGGCUCUUAGAUUGGACUGACUGGCUCCUGAAGUUUUACAUUUAUUCAUCUAAUCCUGUAGCUGACAAAGCCUGGGCUUCUCACAGACUGUAAGCCAGUCAAGCAUUGCAUUUUUCUUUAGGGGUAUUCCGAUCUGUUCUUGAAUAUUGUCCAUAGUGGGGUUAACCUACCUCAGUCAAGAAGGGUAAAAUCAGGAGCUCAAAAGGAUCUUUAGUAAAAUAACAAUGGCUGCUAUGGUGUCACAGUAUAUAUAUAUAUUUUUUAUAAAGAAAUAAAGCCAUAUUCUUAUUCAUAUGGGAUGUGCAGAUUAGUUGGACCAAUACAAAUGUGCUAUAUUGCAGCCUGCUAAUAUAGUAUAGAAAUA